UGAGGCAAAGAGAGAUGGUGCCAGGCAGCGGCCGCCUGGGGAGGCAGGGAGAGGAGCUUGCUCGCGCUACACGAUGCCUCAUCCCAGGAGAUGUCAGCGGAAAAGCUGAAGCCCCAGACUCAGGUGCAAACAUGAGCCCAGGCCUGGGCCUGAGCAUUCCAAGUCAGCCACACUGCUCUACAGAUGAACGCGUGGAGGCUCUGGCACAGACCUGCUCUAUGUGUGGACGGGACCUACGAGCUGAGGGCUCCCAGCUUUUACCGUGCCAACAUCUGCUCUGUAAGGAUUGCUUCCAGGGCUUCAUGCAGGAGCUAGGGCAUGCUACCAGGGCUUACCCAGGUGAGCUCAUCUCCUGUCCUGGAUGUCAGCGUGUCUAUCUUACCAGAGAUGUAACUGAACAUAUUUUUCUUCAGUGCUUUUCUCCUGUGAAACCCACUAUGGCCAGGAACUGCUCUGAGUGCAAGGAGAAGCGGGCAGCACACAUCCUCUGCACAUACUGCAACCGCUGGCUGUGCAGCUCCUGCACAGAGGAGCACCGGCAUGUCCCAGCCCCGGGGGGCCCACUCUUUGCACGGGCACAGAAGGGAUCCUCAGGGGUGAAUGGUGGCUCUGGGGACUUUGCCUUGUACUGCCCUCUGCACACACACGAAGUGCUCAAGCUUUUCUGCGAGACGUGCGAUGUACUCACCUGCCACAGCUGCCUAAUGGUGGAGCACAAAGAGCACAGAUGCAGGCACGUUGAAGAAGUUCUACAAAACCAGAGGAUGCUCCUGGAAAGUGUGACUACCCAGGUGGCACAUAAGAAAUCCAGCCUACAGACAUCUGCAAAGCAAAUCGAGGACAGGAUUUUUGAAGUGAAGCAUCAGCACCGGAAGGUGGAGAACCAGAUUAAAAUGGCCAAGAUGGUCCUCAUGAACGAGUUGAACAAGCAGGCCAACGGGCUCAUAGAGGAGCUUGAGGGCAUCACUAACGAGAGAAAGCGAAAGCUGGAGCAGCAGCUGCAGAGCAUCAUGGUUCUCAACCGGCAGUUUGAGCACGUGCAGAAUUUCAUCAACUGGGCUGUCUGCAGCAAAAGCAGCGUCCCUUUCCUUUUCAGCAAAGAGCUGAUUGUGUUUCAGAUGCAGCGGUUGCUGGAGACGAGAUGUAACACAGAUCCUGGCUCUCCUUGGAGUAUCAGAUUCACCUGGGAGCCCAACUUCUGGACCAAGCAGCUGGCUUCCCUUGGCUGCAUAUCCACUGAAGGUGGACAGCUGACCCGGGCAGAUGCUGCAGCUGCCUCUUAUGGGAGUUUACAGGGGCAGCCAUCUUUUUAUCAGAGCCACCAGGCCCCCAUGGCUCAGCAGGAGGCACUCAGCCACCCCUCACACAAGUUCCAGUCUCCAGCACUGUGUUCCUCGUCCGUCUGCUGUUCCCACUGCUCUCCAGUCUCGCCUUCCCUCAAAGGUCAAGUCCCCCCACCCAGCAUCCACCCCGCUCACAGUUUCCGACAGCCUUCUGAAAUGGUGCCCCACCAGCUGGGGUCACUGCAGUGUUCUACCCUGCUGCCCAGGGAGAAAGAGCUGGCCUGCAGUCCUCAUCCACCCAAACUGAUGCAGCCCUGGUUGGAACCACAACCUCCUGCAGAACAGGAGAGUACAUCCCAGCGGCCAGGACCGCAACUGGUUUCCCAGCCUGUGUGCAUCGUCCCUCCGCAAGAUGUGCAGCCAGGAGCCCAUGCCCAGCCCACCAUACAGACACCCUCCAUCCAAGUUCAGCUGGGCCACCAUCAGAAGCUAAAGCUCAGCCACUUUCAGCAGCAGCCGCAGCAGCAGCCACCCCCACCACCGCCACCUCCCCCACCCCCCCAGCAUGCACCUCCACCCUUGCCUCCAUCCCAGCACCUGGCUUCCAGUCAGCACGAGAGCCCUCCUGGGCCUGCCUGUUCGCAGAAUGUGGACAUUAUGCACCACAAGUUUGAGCUGGAGGAGAUGCAGAAGGACUUGGAACUUCUCCUGCAGGCCCAGCAGCCUAGCCUGCAAUUGAGUCAGACCAAGUCUCCUCAGCAUCUUCAGCAAACCAUCGUGGGGCAGAUCAACUACAUCGUGAGGCAGCCAGCACCCGUGCAGUCCCAGAGCCAGGAGGAGACCCUGCAGGUUACAGAGGAGCCACCAGCACCUGAGGGCCCAAAGCCAGCUCUACCUGUUGACAAGAAUACUGCUGCUCCCUUGCCCCAGACAUCUGGGGAGGAAACCCCUCACAGUGUCCCUCCAGUGGAUGGCACCUCCCAGCACUCUUCUCCAAAUGUGGUGAGAAAGCAUGCCACCUCAGUGAGCAUCAUGGGCUUUUCCAACACUGUGGAGAUGGAGUUGUCAUCUACCAGGCUGGCGAGGACCAUAGAGCCACAGAUCCACAGGGUGAGCAGCCUGACAGCUGCCCCCACCCACACAAUUCCAAGCUUGCUGAGUGGCCCACCACAAACUGUGUCCAGCAUGAUGAGUGUUUCAAACCAUGCCAUGCCAAGCCUGACAGCCAGUCACCUGCAGCCCGUGCCAAACCUUGUGCGUGGCACAUUCCAGUCCACACCCAACCUGAGGGGUGAUUCCUCUCAAGCCAUCACAGGCCUGGCAAGUAAUCACUCACAAGCUGGGCCCAGUCUAAUGUCUGGGCACACCCAGGCUGCGCCGAGUCUGGCCACUUGUCCUCUGCAGGGAAUGCCACCGGUUUCUGAUGUGCAUGUGGAGCCAAGAUCCGUAUCCAGUCCUGGGACUUGCCCAGCUGCAGAAAGCCUGGGCACCAGGGAUGGGGCUGAGUCCUCCCUGGGGAAUGCCUUGUGUAAGAUGGAAAGUGAGGAUUGUACCCGUUUCUCAGACUCAGUAGGACAAGGCCCUACAGCCUCCAGUCUGGAUGGUCCCAAGGAUUUGGCUAUUCCCUCAGAACUGGAGGAACCAAUUAACCUCUCUGUGAAAAAACCUUUCCUGGCACCAGUGAUCAACACAUCCACUGCUCUGCAACAGUACCGGAAUCCAAAAGAAUAUGAGAAUUUUGAACAAGGAGCCCUAGAGCUGGAUACAAAGGAGAAUUCAGACAUCAGAGCUAUCAGUAGUGAGCCCAAGAUCCCCUACGUGCGACUGGAGCGGCUCAAGAUCUGUGCUGCCUCAUCAGGAGAGAUGCCUGUGUUUAAGCUGAAGCCCCAGAAAAAUAGCCAGGAUGGAAGCUUCCUCCUGGUGAUUGAGUGUGGCUCUGAGUCCUCCAGCAUGUCCAUUAAGGUCAGCCAGAACAGCCAGCCUGAUGCCACCCAGGGCCCAGGUCUUGGGGGAAGAAAGGUCACUGUCACAUCUCUGACUGGACAGCGGCCACAAGAGGUGGAGAGCACAUCUGAGGAACACAGACUCAUCCCCCGAGCUCCAGGAGCCAAGAAGAUGACCCCAGCCCCCAUAGAGAAUGAGGACUUCUGUGCGGUGUGCAUCAAUGGUGGGGAGCUGCUAUGCUGUGACCGCUGCCCCAAAGUGUAUCACCUUUCCUGCCACGUGCCAGCCUUGCUCAGCUUCCCAGGGGGAGAAUGGGUGUGCACCCUGUGCCGCAGCCUGACGCAGCCUGAGAUGGAGUACGACUGUGAGAACGCGCGCUACAGUCACCCUGGAGUGCGGGUACUUCCCGGCCUGAGCAUGUAUGACCAGAAGAAGUGUGAGAAGCUGGUCCUGUCCCUGUGCUGCAACAGCCUCAGCCUGCCCUUCCAUGAACCAGUCAGCCCCCUGGCCAGGCAUUAUUACCAGAUUAUCAAGAGGCCCAUGGACCUGUCAAUCAUCCGGAGGAAACUGCAAAAGAAAGACCCGGCUCAUUACACCACUCCAGAGGAAGUGGUGUCAGAUGUACGCCUCAUGUUCUGGAACUGUGCUAAGUUCAACUAUCCUGACUCGGAGGUUGCAGAGGCUGGCCGCUGUCUGGAAGUGUUCUUUGAAGGCUGGCUAAAGGAGAUCUACCCAGACAAAUGCUUUGCCCAGCCCCAGCAAGAGGAUUCAGACUCUGAGGACGUAUCUGGCGAGAGUGGCUGUUCCACUCCUCAGGGCUUCCCAUGGCCUCCCUACAUGCAGGAAGGCAUCCAGCCCAAGAGGCGACGGAGGCAUAUGGUAAAGAGCUUCUGCCAGCCAGUGGGAGAAUGAGAAGACAAAGAGAGUGUCGUUUCGUCUGGCCAACAGCAUCUCGCAGGUGUGAGAGCUGGGAGGAGAUGGGGCACGCUGGUGGCUGAUGUCCCUGUCCUUGAGACCAUCCCUCCCCAUCCUUCAGCUUAUCCUCUUCAGAAUGUGGCUGUGAGAUGAGUCUUGUUGAGCGUGCAGCGCUCCCUUCAUCAUUAGCAUCUCCAGUGUUUAUUUGGGAGCCAUAGUGCAUCCACCAUAAAGAAGACUUCAGUAAAACAGGGAAGAGGGAGGUGUUCCUCAUUGCCAGAGUAACCGGACAUAGAGGUUCUGUGCCUCUUCGGGCUCAGGAGGACCUGGCUUUCUUGCUGAGCUCUCUCAGCUGAGUGGAGCACACUCGGCUCACCUCUCUGCAGCCAGGGCUCAGGAACACCUUGUGUCUCUGAACUCCUGGCUUAGACACGGGUACAAGAAAGGAAGUGAGGUUUGGAUAUAUGGCAGGCCUGUGGUCCCUGUCCCAGCACAGCCAAAGAUUGUCACUGUUUGCCUUUGCUCGUCCUGUUGGGACAGAGGUGUCUGCCACUGGCAGAAUAAUGGAGGCUUCUCGAGGCCCUAGGUCUCAAUCAGUGCCUAUUUGGGUUCUAAAGGUUUUCAGGGUAUUGGCUUUUUGUGUCCCCUUUCCUGAGUAGGACUUAGGUGGUCACUGUGAAAUGCUGUGUGUGGUUUGGCACUCUUGGCUGAGCUGGGUGGCAGUGUAAAGAUCAGUUUCCACUCACACCCAGGAGAUGCCAGCUUCAGAGUCUGUCCCUCUGUGUCCUAACUCUAGGAUAAUAGCACUUCAGAGCCUGCCUUCCCAGAAGUCACUGGUAUGUGUGUCAGUGGUUCUUCCUCGAUUUCAGACAUCUGCAUCUUGAGUUCCACUUGGGACUAAUGUGACAUGAUGUCUGCUGCAGGAACUGAGGUCCCUGGCAAGGAUGACCCACAGCCAGUGCAGAGUGUCAGGCCUCUCCUGCCUACGAUUCUAGGUCUCUGCUUUUUUCACUCAGCCAAAGAUCAGAACUGUGGCCAUGAUGCUCACAGCCUGGAAGCAGGCAAACACUGUCACCCUUUAGUGUUGGAACUUGGAGAAGGCUACAGUGACUGGUAGAAGUCUGCUGAGGUGUUAGUAGGCUAAGGGUGGAGAAGGGGAAAAUUGGGAGGUGAGAAGCCUUAGGUGACUCUGAGGUUACAUCAGGGUUGUAGUCCUCACAGAAUGCAGAAAGGCCCAUCAUGGGAAUGGGGUGGUGGCAACAGAGCUACAGGCCACAUAGUGGAAGGAUCACUACAGUAUAGGCAGGGCAUUUGUGAGGAUGCCUCUGAGACACAUACAGGGACAGGCUUCUUCCCAAGCAAGGGCUUGGCUGAGGAAGGACCUGUCGACUGUACUGCUGAUCGAGCGAUGGGCCUGGCAUUUCAGUGGCUUGGUCCUGAGGCAUGGCAUGGCUGAUUUCAGGGGACGCUUGGGUCGUGGCUUUGUUUUUGUGAAGAGGUGCAGUUUAAGGAAGUGAUUUUUCGUAGAGCCUUUGCUAGGAAGCAAUUUUCUUUUUACCAAAAACGUCUUCUUUGCCCGUGAGUCAGUAAGAGCACCCGAUCCCUUCUCCAUUGGGCUGAGGGAGCUACUUCCCUUUGAAGCAAGCCCUGCCCACUGUCUUGUCAUUCAGCAGUGCUGCUGCCAAGCUCUCCGCAGUAGAUGGGCUUCCAUAUCCUGCUGUCUAGUUCCAGGCAGCAGAAUCUUUACUUCACUCUUAGCCAGGUAACCCCUGAAAGCAGUCUUCGCUCCUUGUGUUCACAAAGUUUUUGGGUUGGGGCUUAGGCUGCUUCUCUUUUGAUUUUUGCAUCUUUCUCUCUGAUUGGUCUGAUGAGGUUCCUUCUGUUCUUACCUUCCUAAUUCCUGUCUAUGGGCAUCUUUCCUUAUUGUGGCCUAUAUUCCUACUAUAGUCUUCAUGGUGUUUGGCACUGGAAAGCCACCGAACACUGUGAUAGCUUGAAACCUAACAGCAUUUCCUGGACCAGCUGGAGACAGUGACCAUAAAAUGGAAAUGCCUGGUUCAAAGCAUGGGUUCUCCUCUCUUGGUACAGCUCAUAGCUUGAGUGUGUCCUAUUAGAGCAAGGACCAGCUUCUGGGCCCAGAGAUGUUAGAAAUGCAGCAGACACGUCUCUGUUCCCUUGCUAUGAUAGGGCCCCUCUGUGGCGAGACACUCCCUCUGGGCAUCUGAGCAGGGCAGACAGAGAAGAGGGAUGCCUUUUUUUCUUUAAGGCUGUGAAGCUCUGGUCUAUCAUUCCUUUCCUGUACUGGUUAGCCUAUGGGAUUUCUCCUGGGACCAAGUUUUAAGUCAUGUUAAAUUUUUGGGUUUUUUUUUUUUUUUUUUUUUUUUUU